GUGGGCUGCCUGCUAUUAGAUUCAAGCCAAAAAUGACAAACCUUCUCAGUAGAAAACAAUUGUUGUUAUGGCUCAUUGAAGAAGAAAUGCGCCAGUUCAUAUUUCGAAUUGCUUUAGUGAUUGAUGUUAUCUUUCGUAUGAGGUCUAAAAAAAGAAAACGUAGCCAUCAAAUUGAAUCAUACAGCAUCUUGCAAAGGAUCCCUGAUCAAGUAAAACAUCUAAAUAGGAUGACUAUGGUUAGCGAUAUAGAUUGUGUGUUGAAUCUGCGGAUGGAUAGAAAUGCGUUUGGGAGAUUGUGUAAUCUGAUGAGACAACUAGGUUCAUUAAAAGAUGGUAAAUUUGUGACCGUUGAGGAACAGUUGGCCAUGUUUUUAUCCGUAUUAGCCCAUCACAAGAAAAAUCGUGUCGUGCGCUUUGAUUUUUGGAGAUCGGGCCAAACAAUAUCGCGCUAUAUUCACACUGUUUUGAAAGCCAUCUUGAAGCUACAUGUUCUACUCCUAGUGAAGCCUGAUCCGGUAUCUGGUGACAACAAUGAUCCACGAUGGAAGUGGUUUAAGGGCUGUCUUGGUGCGCUAGAUGGCACUUACAUAAACGUGAAAGUGCCGAAUUGUGACAAGGCACGAUAUAGGACACGUAAAGGACAGAUUUCAACAAUCACGCUAGGUGUUUGUGACCAGAACAUGAGGUUUGUAUACGCAUUACCAGGAUGGGAAGGUUCAGCAGCCGACUCUAGGAUAUUGCGUGACGCUCUCAAUCGACCCUACGGUCUUAGGGUACCAAAGGGGAACUACUACCUAGUGGACAACGGCUAUGCUAAUAGCGAGGGAUUCCUAGCUCCAUACAAAGGUGUUCGCUAUCAUUUGAAAGAGUGGGGACCUAGUUCAGCGAGACCACAAAAUGCAGAGGAACUCUUUAACCUAAGACACACAAAAGCGCGCAAUGUUAUUGAACGUGCUUUUGGGAUAAUGAAGAUGAGAUGGGGAAUUUUGCGAAGUACAACAUACUACCCUAUUCAGGUCCAAACUAGGUUGAUAAUGGCCUGCUUCCUACUUCAUAAUUUCAUCUGAAAUGAGAUGGCCUUCGACCCAAUUGAGCAGCAAUAUGAUACCGCUAUCAAUGAAAACGAUGAUGUAGAAAUAGAUCACUCGCACUGCAUUGACUCGGUAGAGGCAUCGCAAGCGUGGAACGCGGAGAGGGAUUCCUUGGCAAAUGCUAUGUGGCAGCAGUAUUUGAGAGGAAAUUAGUUGAUAAGUUUGAAUAGUUUAUGUAGUUCUGAAAAAUUGUGAUAGUAGUGUCAAAUUGAAAGUCUAUCCUAUGGAUUAAAUGCUUGAUUUCAA